AUGAUCUCCGGUGUCCUCAUAUUCAAUCAGAAGGGCGAGAAUCUCAUCUUCCGCGCUUUUCGCAACGACUGCCGGCCCCGCUUGGCUGAUGUCUUCCGCAUCCAAGUCAUUUCCAAUGCCCAAGUUCGCUCACCCAUCUUGACCCUUGGCAGCACCACCUUCAGCCAUGUCAAGCAUGAAAAUAUUUAUUUGGUGGCCAUCACCAAGAGCAAUGCCAAUGCCGCAUUGGUCUUCGAAUUUCUAUACCGACUGAUCCAGCUGGGCAAGGGAUAUUUUGGCAAGUUUGACGAAGAAGCCGUCAAGAAUAACUUUGUGCUAGUCUACGAGUUGCUCGACGAAAUCAUCGACUUUGGCUAUCCUCAAAACACCGAGACAGACACCCUGAAAAUGUACAUCACCACCGAGGGCGUCAAGUCCGAGACCAGACCAGAAGAAACGUCCAAGAUUACCAUGCAGGCAACGGGUGCUCUGUCGUGGAGGAAGGCAGACGUUAAAUACCGGAAAAACGAGGCAUUUGUUGACGUCAUCGAGGAUGUCAACCUGCUCAUGUCUGCAACCGGCGCAGUCCUCCGAGCGGAUGUGAGCGGACAGAUUGUCAUGCGGGCAUAUCUGUCUGGCACACCAGAGUGUAAAUUCGGUCUGAACGACAGGUUAUUACUCGACAAUGACGGCCUGCUCACACUGCCCAGCGGAAACCGAAUGGGCACAAAGGCGACCAAGGCGGCAGCUGGCAGUGUCUCCCUCGAGGACUGUCAAUUCCACCAGUGUGUCAAGCUGGGCAAGUUUGAUACCGACAGAAUCAUUAGCUUCGUACCACCCGACGGCGAAUUCGAGCUGAUGCGCUACCGCGCCACGGAAAACGUAAACCUACCAUUCAAAGUCCACGCCAUCGUCAAUGAGGUGGGACGCACCAAGGUCGAAUAUAGCAUAGGUGUCAAAGCCAAUUUUGGCUCCAAGUUAUUUGCCACCAACGUUGUUGUACGGAUACCCACGCCUUUGAACACCGCCAAGAUUGUUGAGCGGGUAACACAGGGCAAGGCCAAGUAUGAGCCUAGCGAAAACUGUAUUGUCUGGAAGAUUGGUCGCUUUACCGGUCAAAGCGAAUAUGUACUCAGCGCCGAGGCUAUAUUGACGAGUAUGACGAAUCAGCGAGCGUGGAGCCGGCCGCCAUUGAGCAUGAACUUCAGUCUUCUCAUGUUCACGAGUUCGGGGUUGCUGGUACGCUAUCUCAAGGUCUUUGAGAAGAGCAAUUACUCCAGUGUGAAGUGGGUGCGAUACAUGACCAGGGCAGGUUCAUACGAAAUCAGGUAG